AUGGCACCAGUGGCGAUCAUGACACCGAACCCGCAGCCGCAAGAGGCCGGGUGGAAGGCUCUCAUCUCGAACCGCCGUUGCCUCGGCCUGGCGACAUUCAGUGCCCUCGGUGGCGUGCUGUACGGUUACAACCAGGGCGUGUUCUCCAACGUCCAAGUGCAGGCCGAGUUCCACCACCGCUUCCAGAAAACUCUCGAAAACUCGACCACAAAGGGCAUGCUCACGGCUAUCCUCGAACUGGGCGCGUUCCUCAGCUCACUGGUCGCCGGCCCCAUCAGCGACCGUAUCUCGCGAAAGCACUCCAUCACGCUGUGGACGAUCGUGUUCAUUGUCGGUGUAGUCGUCCAGACCGCGGCGACGUACAACGUCGGCAUGAUAUACGCUGGGAGGUGGUUCGCCGGCAUGGGGGUCGGAGGCCUGAGCACCGUCGUGCCCAUGUACAAUGCCGAGCUUGCGCCCGCUGCCAUCCGCGGCACGCUCGUUGGUCUUCAGCAGGUGGCUAUCUGUUUCGGCAUCAUGGUCUCGUACUGGAUCGCAUACGGCACGGCCUUCAUCGGCGGCACCACGUACCCCGGCCAGUCGUCCGCCGCGUGGCGUGUCCCUCUCGGCCUCCAGCUCGCCCCAGCCCUCGUCUUGGCCAUCGGUAUCCGCUUCCUGCCCUACUCGCCGCGCUGGCUCAUGCUCCACGACCGGGAUGACGAGUGCCUCGCGGUGCUGGCUGAGCUGCGCGCCAAGCCCGCGUCAGACCCCGACGUGCAGUACGAGUUCAGCUGCCUCAAGGCUGAGCGCCUCAUCCACAAGGACGUCGCGGAGCGCCGAUACGGCGUCUCCAAGAUCACGUGGCGCGAGGAGAUGCGCGAGUACUGGCGCUUGGUGUCUACGCCGGGGCUGAGGAAGCGUGCGACCUUUGGGCCGCUUGUCCAGGCAUUUGGUCAAUUCUCAGGUAUCAACGCCAUCCUGUACUAUGCUCCGACGAUCUUCGCCCAACUGGGCUUGACUGGUGGCACGACUUCGCUUCUUGCGACAGGCAUCAUUGGCGUGGUGCUCUUUGUCGUUACCGUCCCCGGCGCUCUCGUAGCUGACAGCGUGGGCCGUCGCCCGCUCCUGAUGUUCGCCAGUGCCAGCAUGGCGAUCUCACACGCCAUCAUCGCCGCCCUCGUCGCCAAGUACGGUUCUGAUUUCGCGAAACACAAGGGAGCCGGGUAUGCUGCCAUUGUCUUUGGUGAGCGCAUGCCGCGGAAAACGCUGAUGUCAGUCUUCUGGUACACGUCGUCGUACGGCUUCGGGUUUGGCCCGGUGGGCUGGAUCAUCUCCGCCGAGUCAUGCCCUCUCGACCAGCGCGCGAGGAGCGUGGGCAUCGCCUCAGCGGUCAACUGGAUCACAAACUUCACGGUCGCGCAGAUCACCCCGAUCAUGCUCACGAAUAUCGGAUGGAAGACGUUCAUUGUCUUCAUGGUAUUCUGCGUGCUCUGCCUCAUUUGGGUGGUCAUCUUCCUUCCCGAGCUCAAGGGCCUGUCCCUGGAGGAAAUCGAUGCGUUGUUCGACGACAAGUCGAGCGAGGAGGAGCGCGAGCGCCGCGACGAGAUUGCCAGGUCCGUUGGCCUUGGGGUGGCGCACGGUGGCGACAAGGAGCUUAAGCCUCUUUCUGAUGUCUACUAUGACAACACUGGUAGUAAGGUAUAG